AUGUUCCUUCUUCUAGUGCUGCUUACGGGUGUUAGUGGGCUGCAGGCCGGCCAGAACCCUCAGAAAAUCAUCUUGCAUACAACGGUUCCUGAAAAGAUCUCAUCAAUGGAUGUGGAAACAGAUCCUGAAAACCAUAUUGCUUAUCUUAUUCCAAUAGCUAAAAAACCGUAUUUCGUCCACCUUACAAAACAAUUACUUAUAAAUCCAGCUGCAGUGGUUUAUACCUAUGACAAAGAUGGUGUUAAACAUUCUCAACCUUUGUCAUCUCUGAAAAAUUGCUAUUACAAUGGAUAUGUUGCAGGUUUUCCAAAUUCGCUUGUGUCACUCAGCAUUUGCUCAGGACUCAGGGGGACGAUACAAUUCCAAAAUGUCUCCUACGGAAUCGAACCCGUGGAAGCCAUGUCAGGAUUUGUGCACGUGAUCUAUGAGAACACAAAUAAGGGCACGCCUUUCUUAGCAGAGAACCAGACUUAUGGGUGGUAUAACAAAUCGAAGGAUCACUUCCAAAUCAACUUGAAGAAAACUGAAUCCAUCAAGUUAUACCCACGAGUCAUUGAGAUGGAUAUUGUCGUGGAUAAAAAACUGUUUGAUUACUUGGGCUCUGACACUAAAGUUGUGAUACAGAAAAUUCCUCAGGUCUUCGGCCUUGUUAACACUAUGCUCUCAAAGUUAAAAGUGAGUGUUCUAAUACAGUCCAUUGAAAUCUGGUCUAAGGAAAACAGAAUUCCUCCCCGAGUGGCACCUCAGAACAUACUGAUUGAGUUUUUGUUUUGGAAAAUAAAUAAAAAAUCACAACACAUUUCAUACUUACUGGCCUUUGAGGAGCACCCUGCUUCCAUUGGAGCGCUGUAUCCGGGGCAUUUGUGCACGCCGGAGCAUGAUGUCGCUGUCGCCCUGUAUCCAAAAGGUUUAUCGUUAGAGUCCUAUAGCGUCAUUGUCACGCAGCUGCUGAGCCUUGGUAUGGGACUAUCGUACGACAACCCUGACACCUGUCACUGUACAGGAGACGUUUGCCUCAUGAUGCCCAAAGCAAUAUAUUCUGAGGGCAUGAAGGAUUUCAGUCCUUGUAGCUUGGAUGACUUUAAAUAUCUAUUAUCAAGCAAAGACCUCUCCUGUCUCAAGGAUGUGCCUAUGGAAAGAGCUGUUAAAAAGAGGCCGAGGCGAAUUUGUGGCAAUGGGAUAGUGGAAGGCAGUGAACAGUGCGACUGUGGCACUUUGAAGAACUGCACUCACAAGGGGUGCUGUGACCCCAUGUCAUGCCGACUAAAGCCCAAUGCCAUAUGUGGCUCUGGGGAGUGCUGCCGUCAGGACUGCACGCUAAAACCAAUUAACGUGCUGUGUAGAAAGUCAGUUGAUGAAUGUGACUUUAUGGAGUUUUGUAACGGGAACCAUUCCUAUUGUGUGCCUGACACAUACGCACGUAAUGGACAGUACUGUGACUCAGGUGGAGCCUUCUGCUACGAAGGACGGUGUCGGACAACUGACAUCCAAUGCUUUGGAAUGUUAGGAAAGGGUGUGAAAGGGGCUCCUUUCUGGUGCUACGAAGAGAUGAAUUCCAGAGGUGACAGAUUUGGCAACUGUGUUAAUAACCAUUGCGGGUUUGAAAAUGCUCUGUGUGGGAAGUUAGUCUGUACGUGGCCAUUCAAGAAGAUAUUGAGAAAGGUCAAUAUAUCUGCGGUUUAUACACACGUACGAAAUGACAUAUGUAUAUCUAUGUAUAAAGGCGGGAGGCUUUUUAAGCCAACAAUGACGACAUAUUCCGUACUAGCAGACAGAGAUGAAACGUUUGUAGAAGAUGGCACUAUCUGUGGCCCUGAUAUGUUAAAUGGCACUUUCACACUUUCAGAUAAAAGCACGCCUUUGAUUGUCAAGCGGCGAGGCGCUCGGUUCAAAAAGGGACUUUUGAUCAGUUUCUAUGUGUUUCUGCCUUUCCUUAUUAUGGCUGCCUUCAUGGUUGUUAAGCGGAAUAUCACCAAAGGUUUCUGGCACAGAGAGGAAGCGUUAAGUGGACGACUAGGCAACACUUACUAA